UUAUUUCCACUCUCUUUCUCUCUUUGCAUAGUCAUUUUUUGGUUUCCCUUAUCAACCCGCGCAUCGUCUACUCUGAGCGUGAGCUAGCCCAAAAACAGAACACUGAGCGAGCAACCAAUUUAAAUUGAUUGAUUCCACCGGCCGAGGGUUCAGUCGAUUCUGACUUCUCGUUCGCUACGGUAGUUGACUACUGGUGUCUCGGAGCAAUAGGAAGCUUGUGUUACUACUUCAAGAGCUGUUUACAAGGUGCUGAGUCGAGUCACAACCAACAACGGCAGCAGCAGUUAAUUAGCGAACAUCGCAAAUAGUAUCUUUCCACGUGCAAGUGCGCAAAUCCAACAAGUCCGAUGUCAGCCAAUCAGCAGCGAGUGUGUCCGGUGGCCAAUGGCCACGGCAGCAAUGGAGUGGCCACCGAAAGCCGGGAGGAAUUUCUGGCUCACUUCAAGCGACCUGAUCUGCCCUCGCGGUGUACAUGGGCCGUUGGCACCAGUGAACCGAGUCCACAUCAUCACAAGCCACUGAUGCCACGCCCCAAGGUUAUGACGACCAUCUUGGAAGCUGUUGGCAAUACACCCCUGGUCAAGCUGAACAAGAUCCCGCAGUUGGCAGGGUUGAAGUGCAAUGUGUACGGUAAAUGUGAAUUCCUGAGCGCCGGUGGAUCGGUCAAGGACCGCAUCGGUCUACGCAUGAUCGAGGAAGCCGAACGCAAGGGCCUCCUGAAGCCAGGCUAUACCAUCAUCGAACCCACCUCCGGGAACACCGGUAUCGGUCUGGCUCUGGGAGCCGCCGUCAAGGGCUACCGGUGCAUCAUCGUCAUGCCGGAGAAGAUGUCCAACGAGAAGGUCGACACCCUAAAGGCUCUCGGCGCCCAAGUCAUCCGUACCCCGACCGAAGCUUCGUUCGACUCACAGGAAGGCCUGAUCGCCGUUGCCCAGCGUCUGGAGCGGGAGAUUCCGAACUCGAUCGUGCUCAAUCAGUACACCAACGAAGGCAACCCGUUGGCUCACUACGACGGAACCGGAUCGGAGAUCCUUGAUCAACUGGAGGGAAAGGUUGACAUGGUGGUCGUCGGAGCCGGUACCGGUGGAACCGUGUGCGGCAUCGGACGCAAGAUCAAGGAAACUCACCCGGACUGUAUCGUGGUGGGAGGCGAUCCCGAGGGAUCGAUCCUGGCCGAACCGGAGGAGCUCAACAAGACGGACGUCAACUUCUACGAAGUGGAAGGCGUGGGCUACGACUUCAUUCCUACGGUUCUGGAUCGCAGCGUAGUCGAUCGCUGGGUGAAGUUCAACGACAAGCAAGCUCUGCCGAUGGCACGUCGCUUGAUCGCUGAGGAAGGCCUACUGUGCGGAGGAAGCAGCGGUGGUAACGUGAUCGUCGCUUUGAUGGCUGCCAAGGAGCUGAAGGAAGGCCAGAACUGCGUCGUCAUUCUGCCGGACAACAUCCGUAACUACUUGACCAAGUUCGUUUCGGACAACUGGAUGGAGGCCCGUAACUUCAAGACUUCGGAGAAUGUUCACAACCACUCAUGGUGGAACAACAGCAUCUCGACCCUUAACCUCCGCACUCCGAUCACCGUCGGGCUGGACGUAUGCCUCCAGGAGGUCAUGGACAUCAUGAAGACCAACUCGAUCAACCAGCUGCCGGUGAUGGACCGUGACGGCACGAUCAAGGGCAUGGCCUUCUUGCCAAACGUGAUGAGCAAGCUGCUGAACCGUCUGGCCAAACCGAGCGAUCCCGUAUCGCGGGCCGUCUUCAAGAAGUUCGUCAAAGUCGAUCGCAACGAUGGGCUGGGACACGUGUCGCGUAUCCUCGAGCAGGAUCCGUUCGUUCUGGUGGUCCAGAAGGAGAAGAAAUUCACCGACGGAACCAACUUCGAACUUCGGGAAACGGUCGUGGGAAUCAUUACCCAGCGGGAUCUCCUGGAUUACCUGUCGACGUCGGAGAAUCUGGUCAACGAUGUUGCAAAACUGAACUUGCAUUAAGUUCGGCCAGCCGUGUCUCCAUCUCGUGGCAUGACGUGCAACUCGAUUGUAUUGUGUGAAACUUGCAUUUAAAGAAUUUAAAGAAUCUGCCCACCUCGGGCCGUUUUAGUUCGAAUUUAUCUGACAAUAGGCUUAAGGCUGCGCUCACGUAAUUAUUCAACAUAUGUCUUAGGAAGGUAAUUUCUAUAAAACACAGUCUUGCUUAGUAAAUAAAUCAACCUGCAUGACAGAUAUGAGCGUAA